CUCAUAUAUGCCUCUCACUAGUAGUAACAUCUCUAUUCGCACACGCAGAUACCAAGUCCUCCACGCUCCUCGACAACCUUCCUAUACCUUGACUGCGCGAUAUUUUGCUGCAUUAGUAAGGGUACUUGACAAUUUAUCUGAAGGAUAUAGACUUCAGACAAUAAAAGCUCAACUGCCUCUUUUGGACUCACCACGCAAGGGAUUUCAUAAUUGUUUAAAUAGCAAACCAAGGAACUUCUUUAGCAAAACCAUCUAUAGUUGUCGAGUCGAGGUUUGUGUUUUCGAGAUGGCAAGCACUGGGAUUCAGCUGUUAGGAUUUGCCCUAUCUCUCAUCGGUGUCAUCGGGCUCAUUGUGGGAACCAUGCUUCCUCAGUGGAAGAUGUCUGCGUAUAUCGGAGACAACAUCAUCACGGCGGUAGCUUUGUAUCAGGGACUAUGGAUGUCGUGUGCUUCUCACAGCACCGGACAACUUCAAUGUAAAGUCUACGACUCGAUUCUGCAGCUUGAUAGUGCCCUCCAGGCCACCCGCGCCCUCAUGAUCGUGGGCAUCAUCGUCUCCGUGGCCGGCCUGGGCGUGGCGUGCAUGGGCAUGAAGUGCACCACCUGUGGAGCGGGCGACAAAGUCCGCAAGUCUCGCGUCGCCAUGACUGGUGGCAUCAUACUGCUGGUGGGAGCUCUGUGUGCCAUCGUAGCCUGCUCCUGGUUCGCCCACAACGUCAUCCGCGCCUUCUACAACCCCUACACGCCUGUCAACACCAAGUUCGAGUUUGGAGCGGCCAUCUUUAUCGCCUGGGGGGGCUCCCUUCUGGAUGUGCUCGGGGGGGCCAUGCUGGCCUCUUCCUGUCCCAGGAGAAAGCAGGUGUCCAAGUACCCACCCAUGAGCGCCGCCCGUGCCCCCAGCAGCACUAAGGAGUAUGUGUGAGCUCCCCCUGCUGCCUCGGCCCAGAACUGACCGGAACAAAUGCAAAGUCAAGAUGACAGAUUUCCCCCCCCCCUAUUGGUAGGCCACGGAGCGGUGUGUGCCUUGUUACACUUUGCAUUGAGGACAGUUGGGGAUAUGCGUCAUUGGAAAGAGUUAGUGGAUGUGAUUAUUGCAAUAACAGAUAGCCCCUCGACACUUUCAGCGACCACCACGGCUCUCACCCUUAUUUCAAAUGGUGUCUCUCGUCCCCUCCAAACAUUCCACAAUUGUUUACCAGUGGACCUCACGAACACAUUAUAAUUGGAUCCCCCUCGUAUUAAUGGACAGGUUCUUAGGGCGGACGUCGGCUUGUAUCGGAGCCAAGAUGGCGUGUCUAGGCCAACAGUCGCAGCCCCCCGUGAGAAAACAGCAGCGAUUAGCUUUCCCCAGUGUAAUUGAGAGUAAUCAAUUAAACUGUGGUGUUUGCAGGGGCACCUCCUACUCAACAAGCUCAGGGGUUACAGUGAUAUCCACGAAGAGGAAACUGUUCACUCAUGUGUUGACGUUUUACACAGUAUUUACCAGACGUAGCCUUACCAAUAGCGCUUAGCGGAAACUAGGUGUGACUUCACACCGUGGAGAUACAGUGAUAUUGUAUUCCGACACGGUGCCUCAUGCUAGCUCUGACUUUACAGGAUAAGGUGAAUCGCACCAGCUACUUACCACAGAUUACACACAAACACACACACACACAGUACCCCCACACACAUACACAGUAUACUCACACACAGUACACCCACACACAGAGAUUUCAUAGUGGGCUGUUACAAGCCCUGUCCUAAUAUGAAAUACUUCUCAACACAGUCACCCUCGCACUGCAGGUGUCUUUAAUGUCACAUGGAGUGGGUGUUGUAUUACUGUAACUCUCAACACAAGUUCCUGGUCUUUUAUAUUGUGUUUCCUUGGAUUCGAUGUUGAGAAUGUAGGAAAAUGUUUGUCUAAUGUAAAAUGUAGCUCUCCAACAGCAUAGCUCAAUAAUAGUGUAGCCGAGACUAGCUCUGUGGCUUCGGUUUUCGAAAAAAGUGAAUAUUAUGUGUGAGAUGUACAAGGUGAAAGUUCAACUGACUGUUUUUGCCUGAAUGAGAUUCUUAAAGGAACUGAGUGUUGGAAAAACUGUUGUUGAAUGAAGAUAUUUCUGAAAAACUUUCUUUUUUUUAAGAACCGUGCAUCCUACAUGUUUUUGUCUUUUACCAUUUUUAUGACCAACCAAUUGACAUGUAUCAUGAAGGAUAGGUAUACUUUUAUUGUUGUUAUUCUCUCUCCGUAUAAUUGUUGAUAUACUGUUUAAGUAUACCCUAAAGCAACAUUUCUGGAAUAUAAAAACACAUUGCGAUAUCAAACGUGUGGAAUUAUAAUUACACUUACACCAUAAAUGAGGCAGGCAGGGACUCAAACACAGCUCUGAAAAUACCACAGGCAUUGUUUUUAUUUCUAACAAAGCAUGAUGCAAGAAAGCCACCAUCAUCAUGCAAAUAUUCACAAUUUACAAACCAACCACUCCAUCAAACAGUGCAGCGCAAUCGGGCAAGCAGUCCUGAAGUCUGACCUAUGAACUGCAUAGUUCAUAGGUCAUAGUUCUUGGUAACAAACUAAAUUGUUAUUAACCUUCAGAACCCUUUUUUACAUCCAAUCACAUCCCUGCAGGAGACUGAGGGUGGGGCUUAACAGUUGAUAUGUGCAGGGUCCCUAGUGACCAACAUAAACAGGAUAAAACAAUGGAGUCACUGAUAAGGACCCUUUAAAGACACUGAUUUGGUGAACUUAGUCCAAAUAUUCAGAGAGUAGCCCUUGAAACUGGAAACUGGUUUCUAAUUAUUUUGAUGCUUCAAUAGACUCCAUGCAUAGAAAUAUGGUAAGUUUGAACACAUAGUGUACAAAAGUAACAAAGUGCAAAUUGUUACACCAUAACUCAACAAGAACACAACAUAUUCCAAGAUAUGUUUAAAAUAACGGCCUUUUGUCAUCUUUUUUUCUUUUCUUUUUUUUUACAGAGUAAUAAACCAAACUUACUAAGAAUACUAAAGUAUUUCUUUUACAACAAUAAAUUAAUCAUUAUAUAUCUUGAAGAAAA